CGAGGAAGUGUAAACCGCGAUGUUUUAAACAAUGUUGGUAGACUGGCUACCUUUUAGAGAAUAGAAAGACGCACUGAAGUCGCUAACUUCUGUUAGCUGUGUAGUUGUAACAUGGCGUGAAUAAUUUCAGUUUGCUAACUCGCUGGUUGAAAAACAGUCUGAAUAACUAUAAAAUGUAAUUAACUAUCAGCUGCGUAACGUGAUUGGGAACAGCAGUACAUUUACGACAGCUAACGUUAACUAAAGUAUUUGCUUAUCAGAUUCUGACACCAGCUAAGAUUUCUAGCUAACUGCAGUAAUCUUCUUUAGUUGUCUUUAAGUGGAUCGUAACCACCUGGAUACACCACGGUAUACAUUGUUAGACUAACUGAUUAGAUUACGGAGACACCUAACAUGCGACGUGUUAAGGACGGACGAGACGCUGUUGUCGUGUCUAAUUGCGUCUCCCGUGGUGUUGUAAACGGUUCCGAUGGGACGCUACUUCGGAGCCUAGAAGAGGAGUUCGAUACACUGGAUCAGUCUGUGGGUAGCAGGGACAAAUCACAGCAAAGUCAGAUUGGACAAGAAUCUGUGAAUAAAGUGGCAGCUUCUCAGCGUUUGAUCAGAUUGAGUAAACGUACUUCAAACAAGAAAUUCUGGAGCGAUGCGAAGCACUGGCCUGCAAGGAUAUUUUCAAUGCUUUGUUGCAUUGUCAUACUGUCUGUCAUCGCGUUUCUCUUGGCGCUCAUGUACCUUAUUAUAAGAGAUUUGCGCAGUGCGAGGGUAACCACGGAAGAUGGUUCAGAAAUAAAACUACUGGGGUUUUGGAGUUUGCUGGUCUUGUCCACCAUGGCUGGGGUCUCCUGCUGCAGCUUCUCCUGGAGUCUGACGUACUUUGACUCUUUUGAACCUGGCAUGUUUCCCCCAACACCGCUGUCUCCUGUGCGACUCAGAAGGAUGACGGGCCACUCCUUCCAUAUGGGCUACAGCAUGGCGAUCCUAAAUGGCAUUGUGGCGGCGCUCACGGUCCUGUGGUGCCUGUCGUGAGCACGGCCCAGAAUUCCUGCUCGUCUCUCCAGUGUCCUCGCUCCACUCUCCAGAGUUCUUCCCUCCAAAAUUCCCACUCCUCUCCUCUCUCCAGAGUUGUGUCUGACUUUCAACCCUUGCACUAAUCAGGCAAAACCCUUAAUUUAAACCUGAAUCACGUUUCUCAUUGUAGCGAAGGGCGACAGCAGUCACCCCACCUGGCCUCGAACCCGGGUCUACGGGGUACUAAACCAGCAGCUUGACCAGGCUUGUUGGUAUGGCAAUCAGAGCGCACACUCAGCCGUAGUGUCAGCACUACAUCACACUCUUCAUGCUUUUAACUCAAGCAAAAGUUUGGAAUAGUUUUGUCUGUUUUAUGUCUUGUGGGAAGUUUUGACUGCUUUGGC